UAGCCCGGUAGUGGUGGUGUGUUUCUCGUGUCGCCAAUGAACGUCUGGAAGUUGGCGUUUGUCCGUGAGCCAGCAAGGAGCUUCCUAUUUACGUUUUUUAGUUAAAUUCGUUUAUUAUUUGUGUUUGUCUCUUCGUAUUUCGUUAGAAACGGGAAUAGAAUUUAAACAGCGUGUGAAUGAAUAAGAAAACGUUGGCGAAUAACAACACGCUGAGAAAUAUCACUGUAUAUAAUAAUAUUCCGAAGGUUUUGGUUGUAUGGUGGUUUUUACGGGAAAUUUGAAGAGUGUGAGAAGAGAGUGGUAUAUUGCAAUAUAUAGUGUGUUAUAUAGUGUAGCGACGGCGUGUAAGCCCAAGUGCCGUUGACGUUUCGUGUGUCAGUGUCCUCUCUGUUUCUUCUCUUUCUUUCCUCUCCUUUCCUCUCAUUCGGCAUCAUUUACCUUUACUUAGUUUUCUUUCUUUUUCUUUCUUAUACAAAAAUCUAUUUUCCUCUCCUUUCUGGCGUGCAUCGUGAAGGGAUAGGACUACGAAAGAAUAGAAACAGAGAGAGAGAGAGAGGGAAAAAGAGAGAGAGAGAUUCUCUUUUAUUGCCAUGCCAAAUGACAGGUGCGAGGCGCAGUUGGAUAGAUUGUCCUCGUUGGUGUUUGGCAUCGUAGGGUACGCGAUCGUUCCCGCAUUUUUCCAAAAUAUUGCCGUAUUCGCAGAAUGACGAGAUCACGUAUAGCAUUGUUUAAGUUUAUUCGGAAGUGCGCCGAGGAAGAGGAUAAAAAACAACAGCAAAGACGAAAACCACGAAGAAGACCAGGAGGAGUUAGGAUUCCCUCGCGCUAGCGACAGGCUAUGAGCGCUGACAAUGGGGACGACUCCUUGCCCACGUGGCGCUUAUGGGGCGAGGAAAGGGGCGAUGGCGUCAUAUAUACUGUCUAUUUGAAGAAAGUUCGUUAUCACAGACCUACGAGAAGCCUUUCCGCAUCGGAUUCGGACGACGAGAUUUCACAUUUAGAAUGGGAGACCGUAAGAGUGAGAUUUUUAAAAGCUGGCACCGUUCAACGUCUCGUGGAGAGUUUAGCCAACGACGAUGGGGAACUCGAGUCGACCUACAUCAACGUCUUCCUUGCAACAUAUCGUGCUUUUACAACACCGCGAGAAGUCCUCGAACUGCUUCUCGCCAGGUACGAUGCUCUCGACGAAAGUACAGGUGCCCUCACCGGUGAACAACAUCGAAAAACCCUCAUUCAGGCGCUUCACGUUUGGCUCGACGCCUAUCCAGGUGAUUGGAAGACACCACCGAAUCAUCCCUUACUAGCUAGGCUUCUCGAUUUUGCACAUAGACGUUUACCUGGCUCGGAACUCGAGCUCAAGGCUAGGCAUCGUUUGCAUAGAUUCCAACGUGAGGAUAAAGUUGAUUGCGUUGUGUACGACAAUGAUCAUCGAGUUCAUGGAAGUUCAAAUUCGAACGGUGAUCAAGGAAUUGUCAAUUAUACGUUCCCCGAAGUUCCACAACGACAUUUUGCCGAACAAUUGACACGUAUGGAUGCUGAAGUUUUUAAAAAACUCGUAGCACAUCAAUGUUUAGGUGCAGUUUGGUCGAGAAGAGAUCGUUCGAGGAAUCACGAGGCAGCUACGGUUUUGGCAACGGUCAAUCAAUUCAACGCAGUAUCGUUAAGAGUUAUCUCAACAAUUUUGACAGAACCAACGAUGAAAUCCCAAGAUCGUGCUAGAAUUCUCGAAACGUGGAUCGAUAUAGCACAGGAAUUGAGAGUCCUCAAGAAUUUCAGUAGCCUGAAGGCAAUUGUUUCCGGUCUACAAAGUAAUCCGGUUUACAGGCUGGAAAAAUCUUGGCAAUGUAUGCCAAGAGAAAAACACGAACUUUUCCGUGAACUCGAAAGAAUAUUUUCUGAGGAAAAUAACGCAUGGACCCAACGCGAAUUGUUAAUUAAAGAAGGUACUGCCAAAUUUGCUGAUACGGCUGGUAGAAGUGACAGACAUCUUCAGAAAUUAUUUCAAAAGCAAAAUACUCACGCCGGAAACAUCAGUUACGGCACGAUACCGUACUUGGGCACGUUCCUGACGGAUCUCACGAUGAUCGACACUGCUAUCCCGGAUACGAUAGCUGACGGUCUGAUCAAUUUCGAUAAGAGACGAAAGGAGUUUGAGGUACUCGCAAGAAUAAGACUGCUUCAAGGUGCUGCGAACGCUUACAACUUUAGCAGGGAUCAAUCGUUCGAUCGUUGGUUCCAUUCCGUGGUGGUUUUGGAUGAUCGUGAGGCGUAUAAAUUGAGCUGUCAAAUAGAACCACCACCACCCGGUAACACUUUAAAUAGCCGGGGCAAGAAGAAACAGAAUCAUCAAGGUCAUCGGAAGAACGAUUCGAUAGCAUCGACUUCUAGUUCGAGCAGUUCACAAUUUUACUGCGAUCUCGAUUCUUUACCAAGUUCACCCCACAAUUCUUUGGAUCGUCGUACGUCACCGUCUCAAAUGUCAAGUUCCUCGUCUAGUUCGUCAUUACCAUCACUCGACGUAUCCUUGAGUUCAGGUGGAGGUGGCGGAGGAGGAGGGGGAGGAACGAUGGCAACAAAUCGUUUGGCACCACCAUCUAGUGGUGGUGGAACUUCUUCGUUGACGGCUAAUGGAAGUACACCGAAUUUGGUUGGACUUUCGAGUCCGAGUCAUUCCCAUAAAAAUUCACCGGAUUUUUAUAUCAUCAAGGUUACCAUGGAAAGCGAGAACGUUGAGACGGACGGUGUGGUGCUUUAUAAAUCCAUCAUGUUGUCUAACAAUGAGAGGACUCCCCAAGUAAUAAGAAACGCUAUGCUUAAAUUAGGAAUUGAGGGUAGUCCCGAUCAAUAUACUUUAGCUCAAGUUUUACCCGAUCGUGAAAUGGUAUUACCACAUUCGGCUAAUGUUUAUUAUGCCGUCAAUACUGCGCACAAUCUUAAUUUUAUUCUAAGACCUAAAAGAGACGUCAACGAUUCUGCCACGGAAAGUCCCAAAAGUAAAACGAGUCAUAAUCACAAACGGUAGUGUUGGCUACACGAGGAUCAUCUUGUCCUCGGUCUAUCCUCCAAACUUUCGAUAAGACACGAUCGUCUUUUGCAACUUGAAUACGAUCACGAUGGAUAGUUGAAAAGAAGAAGAAGAAGAACAACAACAACAAAAUAGAAAGAGAUAGAGAAAACAAAUAUCCCCGGAUUUCUUUUCAUUUCUCUUACGUUCCCCCACGAAUUUUCAUCUUCUCGAUAACAUUCGUCGAUUGUUGUUAUUUUUAUUUUUAUUUUUAUUUUUAUUUUAUUAUAUUAUAUUUUAUUGCAAGUACAUAUUAUAUAUGCGAUCGUUUGUAACAAUUCGAUAUCUCUUUGAAUCUCAUUUAACGUUGCCAUUUGAUAUAACGUCUCAUUAUUAUAUUAGCGGUUAUUUUUUCUUUCAUUUUCUUUAUCUUCCUUUUUUUAAAAUUAUUUUUUUGUUUGUUAACAUCCAUGACAUAGAAACCGUAUCAAUCAUUCGUUACACUUCGUAAAUCGAAUCGAACGAUCGCGUGAAAUGCAUUUAAUUUUUAAGCUACCAUUCCCCUCGCGUCAUGUUUUUUUAAUCGUUUUAUCGCAACGUUAAAAAAAAAA